CCCCUUCUUCUACUCACUGCCCUCCCUUCCCAUUAUCUCGCUCCGUAUACCCUCAUCUCCCUGAAUCUGUUGCUCAGUCCUGUCUGUGUAGCAGACCUCGGUUGCCUUCCGACUCUGUACUCAUGACAUGGUCAGCGGCGUACUACCCGUCGGGUGCUGAGUGCUCUGUCUCCACGUCGCAUUACGGCAUCUCAUCAACCCUAGCUCCUGCGUCCUCUUCCUCGUCGAACUGUUCUUCAUACAGCACAAGAGAAGCUAUCAGGCCACCGAUCGUCACUUUGAAGCCUCUGGCUCGAUCUUGGAAGGUGCAUGCGCCAAAUGAGGAAGUCUUUCUGGAGUCGAGCGGGGUGGCCAAGACCGACCAGAAGAAGCUGAGUAGAGCUACGAAGGACAUCCUCUUUGGCAGUAUCGCCGGGAUGGUAGCCAAGGUCUUUGAGCAUCCCUUCGAUCUGAUCAAGGUCCGCCUACAAACGCAGCCCUUCUCAGAUCCCGGCCCUGGUCAAGGCAAGCCGAAGGGUACGCUCUACAAUGGCGCAUUUGACGCCUUCCGCCUGACGGUCCAGAAAGAGGGGCUGAUCGGUCUAUUCCGAGGUCUCUCAAUGCCCAUUGUGGGCGCAACGCUCGAGAACGCCACGCUCUUCUUUACGUACAAUGCGCUACAGGGUCAGAUCAGGAGGUUCAAUGGAGAGGCCAGCGCCAAGGCGCAGCUCAGAGACUCUCCUGAGAAAGAAGCUGCCGCUUCUACCAAGGCAAAUCCUGAGGCUCCUUUAUCCCUCCCGCAGCUAGCCAUCGCAGCAGCCGGUGCAGGCGCCGUCACCUCGUUUGUCCUUACUCCCAUCGAGCUCAUCAAGUGUCGCAUGCAAGUCCAGAUGAUCUCAGCCGAAGCGGCCAUCCUCGCUCGCGAGGCUACGGGCAAGACAAGUGGCCCACCCAUGGUCGAAGCUCUCAACUCUGCCCGGCGAGCUCUUCCGGGCCCGGUUGCCCUUGUGAGAGAGGCAGUGCGAAAGGAUGGGUUUGGAGGGUUGUGGUUGGGUCAGACAGGGACGCUGCUGAGGGAGACGGGUGGAGGGAUGGCCUGGUUCCUCGCCUUUGAGAGCACGUCGAGGUGGUUCUUGCGGAGAAGAGAGCGGCUGAAGGAGGGAGGAAGUGGGGGUGGGGAGCAAGUAGUGACUAGCAGUGAGCUCAAGUCUUGGCAACUCGUUGUGGCAGGCGCACUGGCUGGCGUGAGCUACAAUGUUGUCCUCUUCCCUGCCGACUCCGUCAAGUCUACCAUCCAAACCGAAGCAGAGCUCUCCCCAGCAGGCACCAAGCCUUCAUCCUUCAUGGCUACCCUGCGCAGGAUUUAUACCACGCGAGGAUUGGCAGGCCUGUAUGCAGGUUGUGGGAUCACUUGCCUUCGUAGUGGACCCAGUAGCGCUCUGAUCUUCCUGCUGUACAAUAGACUAGAAGGAUUCGUGGAGAGCAAGGGCUGGUGAGGAACAGACUUACAAUACAUAUCAAACCCGCAUAGAGGAAGCAAGAAUUGCACUAGAAUGACACGAUCACGCAAUGUCACAAGACUGGAUGAUUAUGCUAGUGUUCAAUGUCUGAUUGGGGAGAAGCGGUACCACCUGAUGACAGAGAAUGGUAAAGAGCGAGAACAAGUACAAAGAGUUGCAGAGAAAGAUGGAGAGGCAAGAAUGCUAGGCAUCACCAUCCAGUCUGACAACGUUUUGGGAAAAGUCUACUAGUAGGCAACAAGCAAGCAUGGCGCAAGCGAGGG